AAAACCAACACAGAAGCCUCAUCACUUGAAGAAACUUCAAUUCUUUUUCAUGGUCCAGAAACUCCAGUGUGUCUCUGCUCUGUCCUCUCGUCUCCAUUCGGAUCGAAUUCUAAUCCGACCAGGUGAAUGCCAAAUUCAUAUACACAAAAACCCAAAAAAAAAAUGGCAGUUCUUGAAACCAUACGGUCUCAGUUGCCACUUCAAGAAUCCUCAUUUCUCAACACCAGCACUGUCGUUUCACUCACUGUGUUCUUCACGCUCCUCUGCGUUUGUAUAAUUAUCGGUCAUUUGCUCGAAGAGAACCGCUGGGCCAAUGAAUCGAUCACUGCCCUUCUCUUGGGUUUGGUUGCUGGAGUGGUGGUGUUGCUGGUGACAGGGUUCGAAAGCUCGAGGAUUUUGAUCUUUAGCGAGAACUUGUUCUUUCUGUAUCUACUUCCUCCAAUCAUUUUCAAUGCCGGUUUCCAGGUCAAGAAAAAGCAGUUUUUCAAGAAUUUCACCACAAUUUUGUUGUUUGGAAUCGUCGGUACAGUAAUUUCUUUCUGCCUCAUAUCACUAGGUGCCUAUUUACUUUUCAAUAGAUUUGGUUUCUCAACUCUGACCAUUAAGGACAUCCUAGCGAUUGGUGCCAUAUUCUCAGCAACUGAUUCAGUUUGUACAUUGCAGGUUCUAAAUCAAGAUGAGACACCGUUUCUUUACAGUAUCGUGUUUGGGGAGGGAGUAGUGAAUGAUGCCACCUCCAUUGUGCUUUUCAAUGCAGUACAAUCGCUAGAUGUCAGCAACCUCAGCGCGCUUACAGCGUUGACCUUGUUGGGGAAUUUUCUUUACCUCUUCUUCACCAGUACUCUUCUUGGUAUAGCAGCUGGUCUGAUUAGCGCUUUUAUCAUAAAAACGCUUUACUUUGGAAGGCAUUCUACAGAUCGUGAAGUUGCGCUGAUGAUUCUUAUGGCUUAUUUGUCAUACAUGUUGGCUGAGCUUCUGAAUCUAAGUGGAAUUUUGACAGUGUUUUUCUGCGGCAUAGUUAUGUCACAUUAUACAUGGCACAAUGUUACAGAAAGCUCGAGGGUAACAACCAAGCAUGCAUUUGCAACAUUGUCAUUCAUUGCAGAAACCUUUAUAUUCCUUUAUGUUGGCAUGGAUGCCUUGGACAUUGACAAAUGGAAAGCCAGCAAGGCAAGUCCAGGGACUUCAGUUGGUGUCAGUUCAAUCUUGUUAGGACUAGUAUUAGUCGGAAGGGCAGCAUUUGUCUUCCCGAUUGCGAACAUCAAAAACUGUUUUAAGAAUAGAGAAGGUACGAAAAUCAAGUUCAAAGACCAGUUUACAAUGUGGUGGGCAGGCCUAAUGAGGGGUGCAGUCACUAUUGCGUUGUCAUACAACGAAUUUGCAGACAAUACCAAAACGACAUCAACGCAAGAUCGUUCUUUGAUGAUCACCAGUACCAUAAUUGUUGUUCUCUUCAGCACAGUGGUAUUUGGCUCCAUCACAAAGCCAUUAAUCUCAGCUCUGAUGCACCCACAUGCAAAAGCAAACAAUUCAGAUGCAACUGAUAUGCCUAGCCUAGAAGACUUGAGGCUACGUUUCCUGGAAACCGGCGAGGCAAGUGAGGGAGGCAACAGUGAGCCAGCCAGAAAACCAAGCAGCUUUAGGUUGUUAAUCACAUAUCCAACUUCAACUGUUCACUACUUUUGGAGGAAGUUUGAUGACAAGUUCAUGAGACCGGUUUUCGGGGGACGGGGUUUUGUUCCAUUUGUUCCUGGUUCACCUAGUGGUGCAGCAGAAGAUCAAGCUGCAGAACAUACUGAACAUAUUGAACAUACUCCUUGAGAUCAAGGGUUAAAUAUAAGGGUGUGAUAUCCACACACCCCUUUUUACUUCUCCCACACCUUUUUGGUUUUCAGCCGUCAGAUCGGAUGAAUUGAAAAAGAUCAACAGACAGAAAUUAACAAGGGGUGUGUGAGAAGUAAAAAGGGGUGUGUGGAUAGCACACCCCUAAAUAUAAAUGUAAAAUUAAAAUUAAUUAUUUUUUAUGGAUGGUCAAAUUAGGAAGCAUGUUGUUCUAGUUUUGUAAAGUGAGAGUGUGAAGCUUUUGCUGUAGUUAGAGCAUCCUCUCUUUUUUUCCACGAUCUAAGAGGGACUCUUAAUAUGAAUUUCUGGCUAUGCCACUAUCGAUUCUAUCUAUAUUUGCGCAAAAAUUUAAGCA